AGGGGGAAGCGCAGCCCGGCGGGUGUUUACCGGGGCGGGCAGAGCCGGGGCAGGUCUCGCCGCGGCGCCGAGCUGCUCGGCCGGGCUGCGGCGGCCGCUCCGCGCCCAGGAUGGUGCGGGGGGGCCCGCGGCGGGCGCUGGGCGCCGUGCUGCUGGCCUCGCUGCUGCUGGCGGCCGCCCGGGGCGCCGAGGAGUGCCUCCGCGGCAGCGGCGCGUCCUACCGCGGCAGCCAGCGAGUGGCCUCCGGCGGCGCCCCGUGCCUCAACUGGCUGGCGGUGCGGAGCGGCCCCGGCGCCGCGCUCCCGGCAGCAGUCGCCGAGGACCACAACAGCUGCAGGAACCCGGACGGCGACGCCGCGCCCUGGUGCUACAUCCGAGGUGCCGGGGGGGUCCCCGAGCGGAGACCGUGCGACAUCGCCCGGUGCGCAGAUGCAACAGCUGCCACAGCCCCGGACCCUACAGCAGAAAUCAGUACUUCUCAGGAGGUUGACCAGGUGUUUGAACCGGCUGACACCUUGCCCUCCCGGAGCGAGGCAGCCGCUGUGCAGCCUGUCAUUGGGAUCAGUCAGAGAGUGCAGAUGAACUCCAAAGAAAAGAAGGACUUAGGGACACUAGGGUAUGUGCUGGGGCUGAUCAUGAUGGUGAUAAUCAUUGCUAUCGGGGCCGGCAUUGUCCUGGGAUACAUGUAUAAGAGGGGAAAAGACCUGAAAGAAAAGCAUGAACAGAAAGUCUAUGAGCGUGAAAUGCAGCGCAUCACACUGCCACUCUCAGCGUUCACCAAUCCUGCCUGUGAACUUGUAGAUGAGAACACAAUCGUGGUGCACACCAACCAGACACCUGUGGAGGACACGCACGACGGCAGUGGCCCGCUCAUGGGGCAGGCGGGUACGCCUGGAGCCUGAGCAGCUCGGGCAGGAGCGGCGCAGGCUGAGCAAAGCCUCCAGCUUCCCACUGUGAGUGCAGGGGGCUGCGUGUGUUCAUUUCUGUUCUGUUUUCUUUUUUGAUGGAAGCCAGAUGAAGGUGAUGCAGGGGGACAGAGCGAUGGGCUAGUCAUCGUGCUCUGUUUGAGGGACACCCUUUGGUGCAUGACCAGCUAGGGACUGGUGUGGUGGACCCUGCUGCUUCCUCCCACCUAUCUCCAUGGCACGCUGAGGAGCUGGGGGGGAUGAUGGGCCAGGCUCAAGACUGGCCACCGAUCCCAUAGCCUGGAGUGUGGUCUUGGCUUCCUCUUUUUCUGUUCCUUUCCUAUUUAACGGUGUGCACUGUUACUUAAGUUUCAGCCUGGAACCCCAGGAGGGAGCAGUACUGCAGGGACUGAGGGGAGCUUCACGUCAGACUUAGCUAGAUAAUUACACUCUGAUUAUAGUUCCUGCCUUUUCGCUUUAAUGGCUGAGAGCUGGAGACACUGUCCAGAAUCCUGCUACUGGAUCAGUGUGGUUUGUUUUUUUUCCCCAAGGACAAGUUUAUUUGAAGGAUGGCUUUGGCCAGGAGCAGUAUACUUAGCCCCAGUGUCGAGCUGUAAAAGCUCUUCUCAAGCUCUUGACAAAUCCAGGUCUUCCAGGUCUGAGGCCACAUCUCCAUCCCGCUGUGGUGCUACACGCGCAGCCACAGCUGUAGGUGUCCAGGUGGUCUGCGCCUCCUGCUCACUUACACAGAUCAGGAGACCAAAGGCUAGCAGUAGAUAGUCGCGGAG